AGGUGUCAAAGCUUAGCGGCUGUCUGUGGCUAAACUCCUACCCUUCCUUGGCCAGCUGGGAGGGUGGGGGAAACACAAUCCUCUCUCCGGGCAUGAUGGCAUCAGGUGGCCAGAGACUGCUGGACAGGAGCGGCAAGGCCAGGCAAGCAAAGGGUGGCCUGGCUGCCUUCUCCCCUUUGGAAGCCCCUCAGUAAAUCCUCACCCGAGAUCACAGGAUCACCAAAAGGGCUUGAUUAGGUCCCCCUUAUGCAAAUGAGAGCCUACCCACUGCAGACAUUGCAGGCCCCAAAUCCAAGAGUCUGUCUGCGCAGUCAGCAGGUCCCCAGGUAUUUUGAGGUUCUGGAAACAUGGAUCAGGCGACCGGCCUACGACAGUCAACUCCGGAGUCAUUUAAACUGUAAAGCUAGCAGAGAGCUGACCCUGAAAUGCUGGGCAGUCCCGGCUCCCACGCUCGCUCAGCCGUGCACAGAGAGCGACGUGCCGUACACCUUCCCCCAUCCCUUAGUACUCAGCAGCUCAGCUUUGAGCAGAGUUGUUUGCUCUGCGGAAUCCAGCGAUGGGUUAGUCUCUAACUCGGAGCAGGAAGUCCUGUCCUCCUCAGCUCCCAAUCCGGAGCUGCCAUCUUUACCUGCAGGGAGCUCCUUAGCCUGCCUGCUGCGCAGGGCAUGGAGGUGUCGUCUCGCCUGCCCCGGAGCUGGCACCAUGACCUUGACCAAGGGCUCCUUCACCUACUCAAGCGGGGAGGAGUACUGCGGGGAGUGGAAGGAAGGCCGCAGGCACGGCGUUGGCCAGCUAACAUUUGCGGAUGGCAGCACCUACCUGGGUCACUUUGAGAACGGGCUGUUCCAUGGCUGCGGAGUGCUCACCUUCUCCGAUGGCUCCAGGUACGAGGGGGAGUUUGUGCAGGGGAAGUUCAAUGGCGUCGGAGUUUUCACGCGCUACGACUCGAUGACCUUCGAGGGCGAGUUCAAGAGCGGGCGUGUGGACGGCUUCGGGCUCCUGACCUUCCCCGACGGCUCCCAUGGGGUGCCCCGCAGCGAAGGCUUCUUUGAGAACAACAAGCUGCUGCGGCGGGAGAAGUGCCCGGCCGUGAUCCAGAGAGCUCAAAGUGCCUCCAAGUCCGCACACAACCUCCCAGCGUGACCCUGCCGCCACGGGACUCCACUGCCGCUGGCCGGCCUGGCCUCCAAGAGCCUGCGGGGCAGGAGCUGCGGUGCCCAGCCAGGCCGGGUAGGGGUGUUGGCAGAGCCAUGGCUGGCUGUGUCCCUCCUGCUGGCUACAGCACUUCCUCCGAGGGCCCGGGUCCUGGGGGCUCUGAGUGCUGCCCCCCGCCCAGGGGGAGACAGGAGACCCCCUUCUCUGGGGCUCUGCUCACUGCCUUGGGACCCUCCAUACAGACACCUGGGCCCAGCCCCCACAGCCAGCCCUGCUGCUGGGCUGUGUGGGGCAGUGGAGGGGGCAAUCUGCCAGGGCCUUGGGGCCCGUGGUUAGCAGGGGAUGCAGCUGGGAGCUGCUGCACCUGCUUCCCCAAAGCCAGGUAUGAUGGGCAGGGGGUAGUGCCCAGUCGGUGCCCCCCAAGCUCAGCGGGAAUAGUGCCCCUCUCCAGCAGGGUGCUGACACAGGCCUGACUUCGCUAGUGGGAUGUGGCCGUGGCAGGGAGCUGGUAUCUCCCUGCCCCUUGUUCUGAUGCUGGGGGCAGGGCAAGGCUCCCCCUUCCCUUGCUGUGGGUGUCCUGGCCCCAUGGCCCGUGCCUCCCCCUCAGCUCUCCCAGGGGCAUCUGGCCUGAGCAGGCCCACGGCUCCUCUCAGCCGUGCCCUGGACAGCGAGACUUGGGGGGGCUGUCCGGUCUCUAUUGCCUGUCAGUGCCUUGGCACAGGGUCGGGCCAGGGCUGUGAGCGCUGAAGGGCUCCGGGGGCGCUGUGAGUCUGCACCGCCCGCGCUCACGCUGUCCCUUCGACAGUCUCCCUUCAGCCCUAGUGAGCACUGGGGCCUGCUGCAGCCUGGCGAGUGCCGGUGUCUGGGGGGCCGCAGGGCUGGGCUGCAGCCCUGGAGGGCUAGAAGAGCAGGGGCUGAGGGACAUCAGCAGUGUGAGGUGGGGGGAGCCAGGGCUGGGCUCAUGGGGCAGCGGGCAGGAUGGGGGGGCACCAGCGGAGCUGCACACGGGACUCCCCCCUUCCCCACUACUGCUUGUCUCUGGUGUCGGUUCUGCUGGGAGCAGUAGCCGUCACUCCUGAUGCUGGCGCAGGGAGCCCAGGGCUUGGCCCGGCUGGGGGGGUGUGUGAACAACCCUGGCCGCGCUGCUGCUGCCCUCGUGCCUUGCUGUGUCCUCCCCCGCGCCGCCUCCGCGGGGCCUCGGCAAAUAAACCGCGUUGCCAAACCUGC